GACUUAUGUUUGACCAACUUAUAACCUACGCUACUCAUCUUCUCUAACUGUGUUGCAACACAUUAUAAAAAUUAGGGUUCUUCGUCAUACCUUAAACCCGCAAUAUUUUAAACCCGCAUAAGGGCGUGUUUCAAAGGCUGGGCUAUCCUAACGCUAACAACAAUAACAUGAAUCGAAAAGUGUGUUUUCAAUGGAGAGCAGGCAAUUGUAGUAGACACCCAUGUGCUUUUUUACACACAGAAUUAUCAUCACAGCCUCAACAACAUCGAAUGUCGAAUAGUAAUGCAGCUUCUUCGAAAAGGCCAGCUGGGUUCACUAAUGAUCAUUCGAAAGUUCCAAGGAGAAACACUAAUUUUAAUAACAAGUGGGGGAGAGUUCAUGGGAGAGCUGCAAAGAAGAUGGACGGUGUUUGUAAUUUUUGGAUACAGGGGAAUUGUAAGUUUGGUGAUGGUUGUAAGUUUAAGCAUUCUUGGUGUACUGGUCCGUUUUCGUUGCUUACGCAGCUUCAAGGCCACACAAAGGUUAUUAGCGGAAUAACUUUGCCUUCCGGGUCCGAUAAGCUCUAUACAGGGAGUAAAGAUGAGACAGUCAGAGUUUGGGACUGCCAAUCUGGACAGUGUGCAGGGGUGACAAAUAUAGCUGGUGAAGUUGGUUGUAUGCUAAAUGAAGGACCAUGGAUAUUUGUGGGUCUACCAAAUGGAGUAAAGGCAUGGAAUGCUCAAACUGCUACUGACUUGAGUCUUAAUGCACCUGGUGGUCAAGUGUAUGCUUUCGUUGUUGGAAAUGAUUUACUCUUCGCCGGUGCACAGGAUGGCACUAUAUUCGCAUGGAAAUAUAAUGUGUCUAUGAACUCCUUUGAGCCAGCUGCAUCGCUUAAAGGUCACAGUAGUGCUGUUGUCACACUCGUUGUUGGUGCUAAUAAGGUCUAUUCAGGUUCUAUGGACACGACUAUAAGAGUAUGGAGUCUUGAAACUCUGCAAUGUGUGCAAACUCUGACAGAACAUUCGUCAGUUGUGAUGUCUGUUCUUUGUUGGGAUCAGUUUCUUUUAUCAUGUUCGCUUGACAAAACAAUUAAGGUUUGGUUUGCUGCUGAGAGUGGAAAUUUGGAAGUAACAUACACACACAGUGAAGAACAUGGUCUGCUCGCCUUGUGUGGAAUGCUCGAUGCUGAAUCCAAGCCAGUAUUGAUGUGCUCCAGUAAUGAUAACUCAAUCCGGGUCUAUGACUUGCCCUCUUUUUCGGAAAGGGGAAGAAUAUAUUCAAAACAAGAAAUUCGAUCCAUACAAAUAGGUCCAGGUGGUCUUUUUUUCACUGGUGACGGAGCUGGUGAAGUAAGAGUCUGGAAGUGGUUGACUGAAGCAACGUCGACUGCAUGAGUGUGGUAAUCCGGUUGCCUUAAUUUGUCAUUUCUGGUGAUGAAUAUUCUUUCUAUUGCUGCAAGAUCUGUGAUCAGUCAUAAGACAACCCUGCCUGAAGUUUUGAUCUCAAGAUGUAAAUGUGCCAUAACUAUUUUCCUUGUCUUAUUGAAGGUUGUUCCAGCCAGUUAGGGUUUGUGCCCUAUACUUAGUUGUCAACUAUAGGCUUUUAUAAGAGUAGUAUGUACUGCAGUUUUAUAUAUAGGAAAAAUAACAUUUGUUACAUGUCUAUUUUCUGUGUAUACGAAGUUACAAUUUCUUGUAGUUCACAAGCAUGUAACCAAGUGGGAGCUGGCCUUCCUCUUUCAUUGGCUUGAA